CCAUUUUGGGACGGACUGACUGACUGGAGCGAGGAGUUUGUGCGCGCGGCGGGGGAGAAGCGGCGGCAAAAAGGAGCUUUCAAAAUUCGGGACCCCGUUUCAGUCGUGAGCUUUGCCGGGACUUGGCUGGCAGGUGAUUUGGAUUCUGAACGUGAGUCUGGAUAUUUUUCAACGUGUUGCUUCAGUUUAUGAAGGAAAACUAGAUGGAUGUUGACCUCUGCUUCAGUCGAAGGAAAACCACUGACUAAAAAUCGAACUGGGAUUAUAACUUGUUCAGUCACUUUUCCAUACAGACAUUGCUGAAGUACAGAAUCCCAUUUGGGAUGUUCUUGAACGUUUGAUUUUUUUUUCUCUCUCUCUCCCUUCCCUCAUUUAAAUUCAAGACAUCAUCUUGGACUAAUUUUGCCUCUAUGGAAUGGAUAAUUAUAUAAAAUUCUUAGGCUCUGCAUGUUGUUUUCAAAACGUAUUUUGUUCAGAAGUUUCAGGCAUAACUGAAAUUAACUUGUUUUAAACACCCAAGUCUAGAAGUUUACUUUAAAUGUAGCUUUUGAGCCUUCUAAUCUUGGUUCACAGCAAGCGUUAUUUCAUUUGUUAAGAAACCUGAGUUGAAACCUGUUUUCUAAAUGAAGAGAUUAAGAGCUUUCUUUUUCAUUUGCAUUUUUUAGUAUUUUUUGAUAUGGUGUAAAGCAGCAAUAUGGGAAUAUUGAGAUAGCUGCUGCAUGCAGAUGCCUAAAUUGACUCUAAGAAAUGUACUUCAUUUCAGAUGCAGAAUUUGACUUUUCAGUUCUGCUCUUUGUAUCAUAAAAGGUGUAUUUAUUUCAUCUGGAACUGAUGUUCAUGAUAGUCAGAUAUAUAUGGAAUAGCAAACUGAAGAAAUUUCAAAAGAUAAGACAAGCUGUCAAAAUCAGACUUGUCUGACUUUUGGAAAUAUUUUUUUGGUAUUCUUAAAUGUGAAGAAUGGGUAGCUGAUUUCCAGCUGUCAGCCCUGUAUUACAUAACUACGGAUGUAGUAUCUUUUAGGAACUCAGGAUAUUAUUUGCAAGGGAAGCAAACUGGAAGACGCAAAUCACGGACAAUUAAUGCCAAUCUGUGCAGUUCUCUUGGAUUUUGUUUAUUUUCCACAGAAUCCAGUGCUGCCUCAAAGACUAUGUAAAAUGGACAAAACAACCUAGUCCAGAAGUAUUUGCCAUGAGGUGUUGAAGCCUUGUUUCACUGAUUUGGAGAGACUGGACCUAAAUGGCGCAGCAUGACUUUGCUCCAGCCUGGCUUAGUUUUCCUACUCCACCAUCAUCAUCAAAGACAUCACUGAAUUUUGAGAAGCAUUCUGAAAGCUUUCCAUGGACAGAGAAUCGUUAUGAAGUUAACCGUAGGCGGCACAACUCUUCUGAUGGAUUUGAUCCUAGUAGUGGCCGUGCAAAUGGAGGGCAUUUGGGUAGAAAAGAGAGAAAUGGUUGGCGUUCGCAAGGCAGAAAUGGUGCUGAAAACACAAACCACAGAGGGGGAUACCAUAGUGGAGGUUCACGUGCUCGCACCAGCAGCUUUCAUUCUGGAAAAAGCCAAGGUUUACAUGAAAGCAAUGCAACUGAAUGUGAGACUCUGAAAAAGGAUGACAAAGAAGAGCCCAAACAAUUUGAAGCUGAAGAUUUCCCUUCCCUGAAUCCUGAAUAUGAGAGAGAACCAAACCAGAAUAAAUCAUUAGCUGCCGGUGUUUGGGAAUAUCCUCUGAAUCCUAAGUCUAGAUCUCCACGAAUGCUGGUUAUUAAAAAAGGCAGCACAAAAGAUUUACAGAUAUCUGGAUUCCCAGUGGGAAAUGUUCAUUCUCAGUCAGUUAAGAAUGGAAUUGGUACAAGUGUCUAUAAAGGUUUAGUCCCAAAACCUGUCAUUGCGCCAGCAAAAACUGCACAGUGGAAAAGCCAAACAAAAGAAAGCAAACUUGGGCCUCCAUUUACUCAUGAUUCUGCAUAUGGUAUUGGAAACUUUAGUGCUUUCAAAUCUACUGCCAAGGCUGUUGGAUCACAGAGUUCAGUGAAAGAGUGUAAUCGGUCAAAUUCUUCCUCCCCGGUUGAUAAACUUGGUCAGCCCCGCUUAACCAAAUUGACACGAAUGCGCACUGAUAAGAAGAGUGAGUUCUUGAAAACAUUGAAACGGGAUCGAGUGGAAGAGGAACAUGAUGAGAAUUGUGUGGGGCAAGAGAAGGAGGAUGAUGAUGAAUUUAAUUUACAUAACAGCAACAAUAGUCACCAAGAGAGAGACAUAAAUCGAAAUUUUGAAAAUGAAAUUUCUCAAGAGAAUAGAAAUGCUGCAAUAAUGUCCCAGCAGAUCAUCCGGUCUUCAACAUUUCCACAGACCAAUGUCCUUUCAAGCUCGCUUGAAGCAGAGCAUCGAUUGUUAAAGGAGAUGGGUUGGCAGGAAGAUAGUGAAAAUGACGAGACCUGUGCUCCAUUAACAGAGGAUGAAAUGAGGGAAUUUCAGGUCAUUAGUGAACAGUUGCAAAAAAAUGGCCUUAGAAAAAACGGUAUUUUAAAAAAUGGCCUCAUCUGUGACUUCAAAUUUAGUCCUUGGAAAAACAGCACUUUCAAACCAACACUUGAGAGUGAAGACACAGAGACAAGCAGCAGUGACACAUCAGAUGACGAUGAUGUAUGAAGAUUGCCUGAGAGCAUGAGGGUUUCCGUCUUGCAUCUCGUGCAGUUUGAGAAGGAGUUGUUCAAAAGAGGGGAGAACUAUAAUUUUAUGUAGUGAUAUGCCCCAUUAGAGGAAGGAUCUUUGGGACUCCUCGUGAAGGAACCUAAGAAUGUUGUGCUGAUGCGCUUUGAACAUGACUAUAAAUUUCUUUGUAAAUGGAUGUUGUAGAAAUGAGGACUUUGCCCUGACAUUGACUUUGUUCAUCACUGCAGCAUUUCUCUGACUAGCAAUGUGACAAUAUAAGAGAAUGAGAUUUUCUCAUUUAAUAAUAAAAAAAGAUUAUGUAC